AUGAUUUGGUCAACGACACGACCCAAGAGGCCGAACACUAUAAUUAACGCCCUGCCUAGAGAAUUUGCCGGAAAAAGUUGGCAGGACAAAAUCCGUGACGUCCGCAGUGAACUUAUCCGUAAUAAUGCCGAUGCGUUCAUUGUGACCAGCCUGGAUGAAAUAGCAUGGCUUUAUAACCUACGCGGCAAUGAUGUCCCAUACAACCCCUUCUUUUUGUCUUAUGCAAUCGUUGAACGACAAAAAAUAAGGUUGUACUUGUAUGAACACGAGAAGAAAUUGACCAGUCGACCCACGGACAGGCAAACGAAAAAAAAUUUGUACGAACAUCUUAACACAGGAAGGGAUGGCCAGUGUCACGGGAAAUCCGAAUGUGUCGAGGUGUACAGUUAUGACGAUUUACUAAAAGAUGUAAAGGAAAUAUCCUACCGGUCUCAGAACAAAAUCUGGAUUAGUCACAGAUGCAAUUACGCUAUUUAUGCUCUCAUUCCUCCGGCGAAAUUAUUGCAAACAAUGUCACCAAUUUCUGUCAUGAAAGCCGUUAAAAAUGACGUGGAGAGGAAAGGAAUGGAAAAUGCCAAUAUUCGUGAUUCCGUUGCCCUCAUCGACUUCAUUCAAAAGCUUGAAAAAGAAGUUAAAGACGGCAGAAGAUGGACCGAAAUGUCUGCUGCAGCAGAAUUGGAAAAAGUUAGACGUCGUCAAAAAUACAACCGUGGCUUAAGCUUCCGCACAAUUUCAGGUUCUGGUCCAAAUGGUGCCAUUAUUCACUACACUGUAUCGAACAUCACUGAUCGCGAUAUCACCACUCGAGACGUCUACCUCUUAGAUUCAGGAGGACAAUACUUAGAUGGAACCACGGACAUUACCAGAACUUUUCAUUUUGGAACCCCAACUAGUUAUGAGAGAGAAUGCUACACGCGUGUUUUGAUGGGUUUUAUUGAUUUAGCUCGACGUCGAUGGCCAGAAGGAACCAUGGGUUCUUUCUUGGAUUCCUUCGCCCGCCAACAUUUGUGGGAUGUUGGCCUCGUUUACUUACAUGGAACCGGUCAUGGCAUUGGAGCUUACCUCAGUGUUCAUGAGGGUCCAUCCGCUUUAACAGCUCAUAUGAAAAAGCACGACGUGCCAUUAAUGGAUGGAAUGUUUCUUUCGGAUGAACCAGGAUUUUAUGAAGAUGGUAAAUUUGGUAUUCGUCUGGAAACGGCACUUAUGGUCCAAGAAGUAAGAACAAAGUACCGCUAUAAAAACAUGAGGUUCUUGAGUUUCAAGCCAGUCACAUUGGUGCCUUUUGAGACAAACUUGAUUGAUUACUCAAUGCUGAACAGAGGUCAUAUUGAAUAUUUGAACUAUUACAAUCGUCUCUGCUCAGAUGUCAUCGGUCCCGAACUGCUGCGUCUUGGGAAGUACGAUGCAAUCGAAUGGUUGCGUAAAAGAACCAUACACCUUAGUGGUGCUGCUAAAAAUUCGUCUAUUUUAUUCAUUUUUGUAUUGAUGUUGUACUUCGUGUUAUAA